AUGGCAUCCACUGACCUUCCACUGAUCAUGCUAGACCACCUCUACUCCAUGGACAGUAAUCUUAAAGUGGGAGGGCCGCUCUUGUUGCUGGAAGAUGCCCGUGAGAACCCUGUUGUUGGUGAUGAGCCAUCCCCUGAAACCGCUCCUGUAAUUGAACCCGCCUCCAUAUCCAGAUGCUGCAUUGAGAAAGGCCUCUUUCCAGCCGUUCCCCUAUUCUUCCAAUACCCUUGUAGCAUCAGUAAAGGUUGGUCAGAAUGGGUCAACCAUGAGCUGCGGGAUCCAGCCACAUGCAACCUCCUGCGCAGAGCACAAGUCCUAGAUGUCAUCUUCCUUUCCAAACUGUGGGAUGUCCAUAUCAAAGCGAAGAUGCUUCGUCACAUGGUCCGGAGGUGGAGCGCUGCUACUCACACCUUUGUUUGUUCAUGGGGGGAAUUUACUCCUACCCUUGAAGACAUGGCGAAUAUCUCUCGCCUUCCAAUUUGUGGCGGCCGGAGUCCCUUUGAUGUUGCUCUCACUCCGGCAGAGAGGGACAAGCUGGCAGUUUUACGGAGGGGUGCCCCUACCUCUCCCAACACCUCACUUCGGUUCAGUAACUGGAUACAACAUUUUGGUGAUACAACAGACAGGGGCCCUGCCGCCCGAGGCGACACCAUCCCCUUAGCCCCCAUGUUCCUGGGACAUGUGUUCUUGUGGGAGCGUCUCAAAGGGUUGGAUGUGCAUUCACUCCCCCAUUCGCACGCUAUGAAGUUGGUUGACUGGGGCAAUGGUUAUUUCAUGCCAGACAAUCUCCCAUUAGUUUGCAGGCGGUUCAAGAGGAUGCAGCAGAAAGGCCAGAAUUUCUUAAAGCUGCUGGAUAACAUCGAGAAUUUUGUCUUCCGUCCCUACGGCACCUCAGCAGAGACCUUCACUUUUGUGCCCUUCUAUACUGACAUCAGUGAUACUGCUGAGGUUCCAGCAGCCAUAUCGCAGAGUGGCCAGUUCCGAAAGUAUGCUUUGUUGAACAUUGCUCCCAUCCCAUUACCUAUCCUUGGAGACAACCGUCCAGAGGUUUCCGUGACCUACUCUCCACAUCGAGUCAGGCGGCAGUUCGGGCUUGACCAAGGGGUACCCAGUAGUCCCAACCAUGGUGACCCCUUUGCACUACAUAGGGUCUUCUGGAGCAAUGACCACAUACCAGCCAGUUGCAGGCUCAUCGUUUUAGCAAGCAAGACGAGGGUUGGUGGCUUCUCUAGAGGCUACCAAGCUUACUGGAACCACUGCCUCGCUUCCUUCCGUGAGUUCCAAUCCUUUCCCGGGGACAGAUUGCCUCCUACAACAGCCCGCCUUACAGGUGUGGUUCGGAAGAGAAGGCCAUCCCUCUAA